AUGACCCGCGAACGCACUGCUGACUCGUCCGGUGCCAACGCUGCUGCCACCAUCGCUGCCGUUCUUGCUCCCAACCCUCGCCCACCACCACAGCCCAAGCCUAUAGAAGGGUCUGCUGCUAUUGCGGACAAAAGAGUUUCGCCUCAGGUACUAGCUCCCAUGGGGCCAGGGCUCACCUUAUCAAAGAACACGGAGACCUUUGGGAAGCAACGUGAGCAGUUUCAAGACCAUACACCUUUGCAGAUUUACGGUCUCCCAAUAGCUGAGGAAGAACAGCGCCGCCCGAGCUUCUCUGUCGAUGCCCUUGUGGACGCAAUACUGACAUGGAUUGUGUCUGAUGAUCAGUCUCUCCGUGUUGUGGAGAACCAGGCCUUCAGAAAUAUUAUCCUGCUUUGUCGGAAUGAUCUCCGGGACAAAGACAUUCCCAAGCGAGACACCCUUCGGGCCCGUGUCAUCAACACUGUCGACAAGUACUUUGGUACACUGGGACAGCAGCUGCAGCUCAGGAAUGGAACCUCAGACGGGGCGUCCAACAACACAGUUGCGAUGAGGGCACUCGGAACCAUGUUCCUCAUCCAGAAUCCAGAUCUCACCUAUGACGAGAAGCAGCGACGCCUCUUCUGCUUCGCGCAUGCAAUCACGCUUUCAUCAGGUGAUGCCAUCACUAUCUUGGAAUCUCGUCAUGGUGCUGGGGUCCUUAAGCAACUCAGAGACCUUGUCAACACAAUCAGGGCUUCUAUCAAGCUAAGAGAGGUGUUUAUCAAAAAAUCGGCUGAAUAUAGUGAAAACGGUCUUCCUCUACAAAUCUUGAAGGACUCUAAGACACGCUGGACUUCAACCAAGAUUAUGGUCAAGCGAGCCAUCAAGCUCAAGUCGGCACUGAUAGAUCUCUGCACUACGAAAAACACUCUUUCUCAGUUGGCACUCUCAGAAGUGCAGUGGCGUCACGUUUCCAGCAGGCCCUAUCCGGUCAUCAAAUCACUCUCCAAGGUCCUGAUGUGCUUCUGGGAACUCCAACACAACUGGGAGUAUCUCGGAGAGCAUCUUCCGAUCCUGUGA